GUAAAACACGAAACCCAAAAAAAAAAAAAAAACAGAGAGAGAAAACAAAGGAGAUCUGCCUGAAGUGCACCCACGAUUUAUUUUUGCGCACAACAAACAGCUCUCCUCCCUUCUCACUCUCACCCGAUCAGAUCGGACCUCUUUUUUUUUUUUUUCCUUUUUUGGUCCGUACAAAAUCAAGAUUCUAUUAAAUUAAAUUUCAAAAUCCGAAUUUAACUCACCAUUAUACCUUUCAAAAUUACAAUAUUUCCUUCGUUUUUUAUUUCUUGAUCUGGAUUAUUUUUUGUGUGAUUGUGAUUGGUUUGUGGAUAAGUAGUUUAAUUGGAUGGGAAUUUGAGGGUAUCAACUUCUAGAGGGGUAAAUGGCGUCGGCUCAGGCGUUGCCAGGCUCACGGAAACAGGAGCAUCUCGAAGCAGGAAAGCGACGGUUGGAGGAGUUCCGCAAGAAAAAGGCAGCAGAGCGAGCCAAGAAAGCCGCACCCACCAGCCAACCUCAUGCUUUGGAUGUGAGCCUAGAUCAGAAGCAACUGUUGGAGACUGAACAUGCACGGCUAGCAGAUUCAGAUGGAGUUGGCACAUCUGAUGGACCUGGCAGACCUGUUGAACCCAUUGGUGCAUCUAUGAACAAUGGCAACAAAAUUUAUAUUACCGAGAAAGUUGAACAAAGUUCUUUGAAAGAUUCAGAUCCUAGUCGUCCUUCAUUGAGUGAUUAUAGUACUUCAGGAAUAACACAGAAAUACACAAAUCAUUUUGAUUCAAACAGGCAUGAUGCUUCAGGAUUCGCUGGAUCAGCCAAUGUUAAGUAUGGCCAAGAGACAGAAAAAAUGAAUAAUGAAUCUGGAAUAUAUACAGGGAGCCAAGGGGACAGGAGUUCAUCUGACCAUUCUAUUGUUAGUGGUUUUUAUGGCAGUUCUAGUCAAUCCAGCCUUUAUGGAAGGGAGUUGCUCCAAUCCAAUGAAAAUAACAUAUCUUUAAAGCAUUCUGUGGUUAAUAAUGAUAGCACUCAUUUCCUUACUUCAUAUCCAAGUUCUGCCAGCUCUGAACAGCAAACCUUUAAGCCCAGUUAUAGUAGCUUCCCUGCCACUGUUGUGGACUCUACCCCGCCAAAUAUGAAGCUGAGAGAUUCUGAUUCUGAAGUUGAGCAGGACAUGCGUUUCAAUUAUCCCAUGAAUUUGGAUUUUGGUGAAAGAAAUUUUAGUAGCUCCACUAGCAAUUUGCGCACUGUGCACGAUACAGCUGUGCAGACAUCUGAAUCCACAGGUUUCAACUCAAAUAGUUCUAGGAGAUCUCGUCCAUCUUUCCUUGACUCUCUUAACGUGUCUAGAUCGUCAUCUAGUAGUUCUGUCCAACGGACAGAACCAGAGGAUUCAUUUAUAAUCAAUACUUCCAAAUCAAACGGCAUUGAUGCUUUAGGAUCAUCUGCUUUCCAGAAGCUUCCCGUGGAGACCAAAACUGACAGGAGUUUAUCAGAGAUGGCUUCUUCAAAUAUGCCUAGUUCAUUUGAUAAUGCAACAAAAUUUUCAGUUUCUCUUACUAAUGGGGUUGGUAUAAUGAACACUAAUACUAAUGAGAACAUUAUGGAGAGAAAACACGAGUUUUAUCAACCCAAGCAAAAUGAAGAUUUUUCUGCUCUGGAACAGCAUAUUGAAGACUUGACACAAGAAAAAUUCUCUUUGCAACGAGCUCUUGAAGCUUCACGUGCUUUAGCAGAGUCCUUGGCUGCUGAAAAUUCAUCAUUGACAGAUAGCUACAACCAACAGAGAGGUGUUGUGAACCAACUGAAAUCUGAUAUGGAGCAGUUACAGGAAGAAAUCAAGACCCAUUUGGUGGAACUCGAGUCUGUCAAAAUUGCAUGUGCAAAUGCACAUCUCGAGUGUAAUGCUGCUGAUGAACGAGCUAAGCUACUGGCUUCUGAAGUUAUUAGUUUGGAAGAGAAGGCACUCAGGCUGAGAUCUAGUGAGCUAAAGCUGGGGAGGCAAUUAGAGAACUCACAGGCUGAGAUAACUUCAUACAAAAAGAAAAUGUCCAGCCUGGAGAAAGAUCGUCAGGAUUUGCAGUCAACAAUUGAUGCUCUCCAAGAAGAGAAGAAACUAUUGCAAUCCAAGCUACGUAAAGCUUCUGUAACUGAAAAGUCCCCGGGUGUAAGCAGGAGUGCUGAGAAAAAAAAUGUAGCAACAUCGACAGAAGAUUUAGAUGACAUCCCAGUGACUUCCUGCCAGGAAACACAUGGUACUUCAUCUGUUCCUAGAAGUGAUGCUACUGAUUUUCCCAUGCUACCCGAAAAUGGUCAGUCAAAUCUUGAAGCUUCAUCUGUGUACAUUCCACCAGAUCAAAUGAGAAUGAUUCAAAACAUUAACACAAUACUUUCCGAGCUCGCAUUGGAAAAAGAAGAGUUGAUGCAUGCUUUGACAUCUGAGUCAUCCCAGUGCUCCAAGCUAAAGGAUUUGAACAAUGAAUUGUCACGUAAACUUGAGGUUCAAACUCAAAGAUUAGAGCUUUUGACUGCUCAAAGUAUGGCCAAUGAAAAUAUCCCAGCAAGAUUGCCCAAUUCUCAUACCAUGCAGGACAGCAAUACAUAUGCAGAUGAAGGUGAUGAGGUGGUGGAAAGGGUUUUAGGGUGGAUUAUGAAGCUCUUUCCUGGAGGACCAUCCAGACGAAGAACUGGCAAGCGUCUUUGAUGCGAGACAGGAUCACUCAUCAAACUGGGACAACAAGCGUCAUCCUGGAGGACCAACCUGUGCUUCUUCUAUAUCUGCUGCUCCCCUUAUUUUGGCAACUCAACGGAGGUCGUAGUUUGUAUAUUUCAAGUCAGUUAUGCCAUCCAUUGUUUUGUAACCCGUGGAAAUUAAGUUUUUUGGCGGCCUUAAUUCAGUUUGUCAUUCUUUGGCAUAUGACAAUAAGUAAGUCUCUUCUGGCUAUAAUUUUGUUUAAUGAGAAAUUUUAAAGAGGGAUGUCUUUUAUACAUGGAAGGUUAAAAAUUACGGUAGAGUUACCGACAAUGAUGAGAAACUGUACUGGGAAUUUGUUGGCCUUCAGUUUCUGCCCGCAUUUAUUGUAUUCAUUAGCACUUACAGGCUCAAAGCCCUAGAAAUGAAACAAGUGAUUUUGCA